GCAGGAGGAGGCGGGAUGGGGAAGGCACCGCCAGCCCCGCUCCCCGCCCCGCUCCCCGCCCGCAGCAGCCCCGGGAGCGCAGCGGCACCUGCUGGCACCGGGACGGGGCCGGGAACCGGGACGGGAAUAGGGUUGGGGUUGGGGUUGGGGCUGGGGGUAGCUCCAUCGCCCCCCUCCCCGGCCGGCUGCCCGCACACCCCCCGGCCGGGAGCAGCUCGGGGAGCCCGCUUUAUAUCCCCUCUGCUUAAGGGGUUCUCCGGCUCUGCUCCCAGCCCUCUCGCAUCCUCCGCCGUUGUCCUGGUGUUUUUGGGGUCUGGGAAAAGCUCCCCCGCGGAAAGCCCUUCCUGCUGCGGCAGGCGGGGGGCAGCGAGGCAGAUUUUAGCCAGGCGGGGAGCGAGGAAAGGGCUGGUUUUCGGACUCAACGAGGUGAAAGCAGGCAGAAGGGAAAGAGGGCAUCGAGGGGGCAAAGGACAAAGCAAGAGCGAGUUUGCUGAGCAGGAAGGGCGGCUGGGUUUGGGGCGUGCUGGAGGCCUGGCUCUUUUCAGCUGCGUGGGUGCCGAUGCCAAUGUGACCGAGGGGCUGCCCUGCGAGGGCUGUGCAGGUAACGUGACGCAGCUGCGGCGGCGGGGCCACUUCUCGCGGUGCCCCGAGGAGUACCGGCACUACUGCGUCAAGGGCAGGUGCCGCUUCCUCGUGGCCGAGGCAGCGCCAGCAUGUGUGUGUGAGCCGGGCUACAUGGGGGCGCGGUGCGAGCUGGUGGACAUCUUCCCCCUGCGGGGCGACCGGGGCCAGAUCGUGGUCAUCUCCCUCAUCGCCGGCAUCAUCGUCCUCAUCAUCUUUGUCGUCUGCACUUGCUUCUGCGUACACCACUGUCGGAAGCAGCGCAGGAAGAGGAAGGAAGAGGAGAUGGAGACGCUGAGCAAGAACCUGCCCUCCAAAAGCGAGGACGUGCUGGAGACGGACGUCGCAUGAAGGUGUAGGGGGCUGCAGGGGGUCGAUGGGGACCUCCCCACCCCCUUUUGGGGGGGCUCUGACAGCUCCCCUGCUCUCCUCUCCCCGCAGCGGCUGCAGGAACCUGCAGGCGGGUCCCAGCGCCGGCUGGAGGGGCGAGGGGUCGCGCUUGUCACGGUGCUAAUAAAAGGGUGACCGCA